UUCAAGAUGCCCAAGUUCAAGAUGCCGUCCUUCGGGGUGUCGGCCCCAGGCAAGACCAUCGAGGCCUCGCUGGACGUGUCCGCGCCCAGGGUGGAGGCGGACGUGACCCUCCCCUCCGUGCAGGGCGACCUCAAGGGCACUGACCUCAGCAUUCAGCCCCCUUCUGCCGACGUGGACGUCAAGGCUGGCCAGGUGGGCGUGAAGCUCCCGGAGGGCCGCCUGCCCGAGGGAGAGCUUGGCGCACAGGCAGCUGGCGCCGGCCUGAAGGGCCACCUGCCCAAGGUGCAGAUGCCCAGCAUCAAGAUGCCGAAAGUGGACCUCAAGGGCCCCCAGGUGGACAUCAAGGGCCCCAAGCUGGACGUGAAAGGCCCCAAGGGGGAGGUGACCGCCCCCGAGGUGGAGGUGGGGCUGCCCAGCGUGGACGUGGACCUCCAGCUGGAGGGGGACCUCUCCCUGGGAGACAAGGACGUGGCCGCCAAAGACAGCAAGUUCAUGAUCCCCAAGUUCAGUAUUCCUUCUUUUUCUUGGUCCCCUGGUAAGGCUUCCAUGAGCAUUCGAGAGGUGGAGGGGAGGAUUACAUUCAAUGAAGAGGCUUUGAGUUUAGGGGAGGUGGAUUCUGCUGUCACCGUUCCUGGAGGUUGUCCUUUUCAUUAUAAUAUUGGAAGUGAUUUCGGGCAUUCAUUUGGGAAAGAUGAAGAGAAAACCAGACCUGAGAAGCCUCAUAGUAACAUCCGCAAAGGCUUUUUUUCCUCAGGGAAGUCUCGUAAAGACAUUACAGACCUGGAAGGUGGUUUGGGGGCACCUGUUCCCCAGAGUCAAGAGGCCGUGUCUGUGGACUUGCAGCCCGCUGAGGCACAGGGGCAGUGUGGGGGGGACCGUGGGCCGGCUGUUCUCGUGCCCCAGGUGGGACUCUCGGGUUUUGCUUCAGCCAGCCUUGAUCUCACUGGCCCCCAUGUGGCAUCCUCCAUCCACACUCCCGGUGGGGGUGUCACGCUUACGAAAUACCAGGUGACUGUCUCCCGAGCUCCCCUGGGCCCUGAGUUUUCUCAGGAAUCUUCUUCUGGGUCACAGACCGAUGUUCCCCUUCCCAGCCCAGAAAGCUUUAUAGACCUGAAUGCCCUUGAGGACAUUCCCUUGUCACAGACCGACAGCCACCCUGGCAAAGUGGAUGCCCUAAUUCCUGCAUCUUACCAUGAGGUGACUUUUCCUAAGUUUUAUCAAUCAAAGUUUGCAUUUCCAGUUGUGAAGGCGGCAGUUCCUGAGGGAGACUUGCGUGCCGCAGGGGAUGCUGCAGCUCUGUCCUCCCCAAUCUUGGGGUGGCGGGGAGACUCUUCAGGAGAGGACGGCCAGGUGUCCCCACUGCCAAGCACUGAGCUGCUCCCCACAGGUACCCCUGUGUCCCAGGGUAGAAAGGAUCAGUCGGGCCCCUUGGGGAUGUUGGCAACAGCUCCAGGAGAAGCUCCAGCUGACAAUGCUGACCGUGAAGGGAAAGGGAGUCCCUUCAAGAUGCCCAGGUUCAAGCUUCCAUCUUUUAACUGGUCUCCAAAGAAGGAGGUGGAGCCAAGAUGGGACCCUGAAUGCAGCCUGGAGGACUCCAAACUCAGCGUGGUUUUAGACGUGGGUCAGGCGGACACCCAGCCUGGGGUUGGUGUGUCUGACAUGGAGGUGCCCCCGGACAUGCCUCCUGAGAAGGACGGGGUGAAGGGAAGGCUCAGGAAGUCUGGCUUUGCCAUGCCAAAACUUGCUCUUCCCAAAAUGAAGGCUUCUAAAGGCGGGGUGGGCCUGCAACAGGCAGACGUGCAUCCUUCACUUUCCAGUGCCACGGCAGGAGGGGAUGUCCAAGCCACAGAGCAGCCCAGCAGUGGUGGGGGUCAGGGGGACACUGUUGCAACCGUGGACUCCCCAGGAGAGGGCUUUGACGUCCAUCCAUCCCAAGUCUGCAUUCCCAGUUUGGGCUUUGCCAAACCUGAUCUCAGAUCCUCCAAGGCCAAGGUGGAAGUGAGCCAGUCUAAAGCUGACCUGCCUCUUCCCAAACAUGACCCAUCUGUUGGAGGUGGAAGCCAAGGCAUGGGGCUCAGGGAUGUCCCAGCCAGCCAGCCCCGUGGGGAGGGGACAGCCCUAGCCACAGAAGACCCCCCUCAGACAUCCUGUCAAAUAGAUGCUGAAGUGCCCACAAUGGAUAGCCCAGAGGAGGAAGCCCCCGUGGGAGCAAUGACAGGGGACUCACACGAGAGCUGGUUUAAGAUGCCCAAGUUCCGCAUGCCCAGCUUCCGACGCUCCUCUUCCAAGGAGAGCGGUGGGGCCAGGGGGCGGGAAGUGCUGGAGCUCCCACCCCCUGCCAGCGCCGCCACAGAGGAAGAGGCAGCUGGAGUCAAAGGGGUCCAUGUCUCUGGGCCCAAGGUGGAGGCAGGUACGUCUCUGUGGCCCCCAGAAGCAGAAGCAGAUGUGACAGCUUCCGAGGGCCAGUUGCACGCAGACAUCCUUAGGCAUAAUAUGGAGGGCACAGGCUUGAAGCUGUCCCUCCCCGCUGCUGCGAUGUCCGAGGCUGAUCUUUCCCCUUCCGAGGGCAGCAUCCGUCCAGCCGAAAGCUCCCUCCCCGUUCAGGUGUCUGGCACGAGACUUUCAGAAACACAGGCUCCUGCAGGAGAGAUGGCCAAGAUGCCUCCUGCUAGGCCAGGAGGACACGAACCCGCCCAGGUGGAGGAGAGAACAGAGAAACGGUCCUCCCGGCCGGAAGGUCCCCUGACACUGAAGGCUUCCAGUACUGAAGUGCCCUCCCAGAUUUCCGUGGUGAACGUGGAUCGACUCUGGGAAGACUCCGUUCUAACUGUCAAAUUCCCCAGACUGAGAACACCAAGGUUCUCCUUCCCUGCUGCCAGCUUGGAGGCCGAUGUAUUCGUCCCCACUGUGAGGGAAGUGCGGUGUCCAGAGACCAGUAUUGACAUCGCCCUUCGGAAGGAGAGCCCCGAGCUCUGGGGGGCCAGCAUCCUGAAGGCAGGCACUGGGAUCCCCAGGGAGCAGCCAGUGGGGCUUGCUGGCUCCCCGGAAACUUCCGCAGUUUCCAAGGUCAGAGUGCACAUUCAGGGUGCUCAUGUGGAGAGUCAGGAGGUUACCAUACACAGCAGGUUGACACCAGAAUUUGCAGAUCUCUCGGCACCUGAGGCAUUUUCCACUGAGAUCAUAAGGGAAUCAGAGAUCCCUGCAUCCGAGAUUCAAAUGCCUUCUUAUGGAUUUUCCUUGCUGAAGGUGAAAAUCCCAGAGCCCCCCAGGCAGGCUAGAGUGUGCAUGGUGACUCAAGACUCUCUGAUGCGGGAGGGCUUGGAAGAGGCUCCCGCUGCAGCUGCUCCAGGAAUGGACUCGAUGUCUGCAGAUCUGCAGCCUGACAGCGGAGAACCGUUUGAGAUCAUCUCUUCCAGCGUCAGCGCACCAGAACCACAGGCAUUCACGUUUGAAGUGCGUCCCGGCCGCCAGCUUGCAGGCAGCUGCUCCGAUGAGGAACCAGCAGAAAUUCUCGAGUUUUCUGCUGAAGACAGCCAAGAGCCCACCCCCCCCCAGGCAGAUAGAGACAAGGCUCCAAAAGAGAAGCCAGAAAGUAAAAAGUCUUCUGGCCUGUUCUGGUCUUGGCUUCCAAACAUUGGGUUUUCUUCUUCUGCGGGUGAGGCAAGUGCUGAUUCCAAAGCUGAUGUCCCAAGAUCUGCUCCCGUUCAAAUGCAGCCCGAGGCCCGGCCGGAGGCAGAGCUGCCUAAGAAGCAGGAGAAGGCGGGCUGGUUCCGAUUUCCCAAAUUAGGGUUCUCCUCUUCUCCUACCAAGAAAAGCAAAAGCACCGAAGAUGAGGGAGACCUGGCAGAGCAAAAACUUCAAGAAGAAACAGUCACCUUUUUUGACGCCCGGGAAAGCUUCUCCCCUGAAGAGGAGGAGGAAGGUGAGCCGGGGGACGCCGUGGGCGCCAGGCCAGGCUCCAAAGCGAUGGUGGCAUCCACGGCGAGAACAGAGUUAAUGUUGCUGGAGCAGGACAAAGAAGCUGGUGAUGACCCUGUGUCCAGGCCCAUGACCGAAUGAAGGCUGGACAGUGGCUCAUCAGUGGGGGAGAGUUGGGCAGCUCAGGUAGAGCACAGAGGCCAGCAACCCUGCACGUCCCCUUGGUGUACAGAAGUGAGAACUCUGUGUCACUGUCACAUGGCCCCCCAGAAAUGGAACCAAAAAUGUGCCCAGCUCUCUCGGAGCUCUAGAAGCACCAAAGGCACCUGACUUCACACAGGACGCUGGAUUCACGUGGCAUACUGGUGCUCUGGCAGAAGAUGGCUGGUCUGCACCGUGUAAGUCUCAAGAGACCUGCCCGUGAGGCCCAGCAGAACACGCUGCUUCUCUGGGGGAAGUUCCAAUGGCUGUGGGUGCGGUUUUCAGUGUAGCUGCUGUCCUGCUGCUGCUGCUUCCUGAUGAACGUGGCUUUCUUACUUCAGGCAGAGUACAGUGUAUUCCAGGAAACCGUUUCCUGCUCACUUUCGAGCUUACUCCUUUGUCAAAUGUCUUGCUAGUGGCACGCUUCGGGAUGCUUUGUGUGACGAUGCGUACAUGCUGGGCGGAAGCUUGAUGGUCAGUGGCUGAGCGGCGACUGUGCCCAGUGCACUGGGUGAGAUGAGCCAGCAGAGGUUGUUAAGACACCCACGAGUUAUCACGAGACGUCAAUGCGUGUCCACUUGCCUGCCGGCAUCUGUCAGUGCCUCUCCUGUGUGCACAUCAUGCCACGCUGUCACCCCUGGGCCCCUUAUGUACACACUGCAGCCAGACUGCACAUGGGACUGGUUUGGCUGCUCCCUGGGUGGGAAAUAAAGGAAGGGAUGUGCCCCACA